AGAUAAUAGCAGAGAUGAUAGUCAACAUACCCGACAUAUUUUAACCUAGCUUUCUUAAGUUUUUCUUUGUUUGAGUUUUAUCUUUUUUCUUAUUUUAAAGUCAGUUAAUAUCAUCCCAAUGGAAAAGGAACAUAGGAAAGCAAUUCAAAGGAACUUUGUUGCUUUAGUAGAAACAUGCAAUUAUCAUGCCUUGUUGCCCCUUUUAAUAGAGAAAGGAGUAUUCACCAAAGAUAUGAUUAAGUGGCAAAACGAAAAUGAUGAAAAGGAUAAGAAGAGGCAACUGUUUAUAAACAUAACAAGAAGGGGACCUGAAGCUUUUCAUAAACUUAUUACUGCUCUCAGAGAAAGCUAUCAACAUAGUUUAGCAGAUUGUUUAGACCCAAGGGACACUCCAGAACAAUCAGUUUCUGAUAAUUCAUCAACCCGACUAUUCUUGUACCCUAAUAAUGGUAAUAUUAAACAAAGUAUAGAGAAUGCAAAGGAAUUUGAAGACUCUUUCUACAUAAAUUUACGAACUGAACCACUAAAAGUUGUGGUAAAACUAGCAGAAAAAUUUGUUAAUAGUUAUAAUGACAUAGCUAACAUGCCUCCAAUGUAUCAGACACAGUCAAAGAAUCGUGGAAUUGCCUUAAUAAUUAAUAUUGUAAAUUAUUCAGAUGAAGCAAGGUACCCUUUCAGAUAUGGUGCUUAUGUUGAUGAUGCUAAUUUAAUUGAACUUUUUUCUCAAAUGGGACUAAAAGUUUUAUCCUUUAGAGAUUUAAACAGAAUGGAUUUAGAGAAUAAAAUUACAUCCUUUGCACAUGAUCCAUUGCUGAGUCAUGCUGAUAUUGCAGUUAUUGUAGUAAUGGGACAUGGCAGUUAUCAGUUGAAUGACACAACUGUUAUUGGUGCUGAUGGGAAUGAAGUAGAAGCUACUUGGAUUGAAGAACAAUUCAAUAAUUAUAAUUGCAGUUAUAUGAAGAUGAAACCGAAAAUAUUUAUUUAUCAGGUUUGCAGAGGUCCAUUGAAUGAUUAUGGCACAUCCCAUAGUGUUCCCCGACGCACUGAACAUGAUAGUUCUGUAAAAUCAAUUAGAACAUAUAGUGACAUGCUUAUUGCUCAUUCUACACUGUCAGGAUUUGCAUCUCAUCGUGAUACCAAUACUGGAAGUUGGUAUAUAGAGUUAAUCUGUGAAAUUUUUAUGAAAUAUUCUUACAACACUGAAGUACAGGAUCUUUUGACAAUGGUUGAUAAUAGGCUCAAAAAGAUGAGAUCUGAGAAAAUGACCCAACAAACAUCUACAUUUACAAAUAUAGGUUUCAACAAGUGCUAUUUUCAUCCCGGUAUAUAUUUGGAAGAUGGUCUGAUAAAAAAGUUUAAUGUAUAGAAAGUGAAAUAGUAGUUACGCACCACGGGGCGAAAGCGGCAAUAUAGUACCUCGUCUUGUAUCAUUUACCACCCUAGCCGAAGACCUACUUUUACCCGGAAGUGUGUAUACCUAUUUUUCGUCGUAUGCCUAUGUCGGAAUUUCGAGUAUUCAUUAGCCUUCAGGGUUCGGGUAACAUCUGCAUGACAGUUAACACACAAUGCGAAAUUGUCCCAGCCUAAAUGUAAUUGUUUCGGCUUCGUAUACAGAGAUGAAUGUUCUCACUUUCGUCACAGAUAUGACGGAAAUAAUAUGCAAACGACACGAGCUAUACUGUAGCUCACUUUCGCCUCGUGGUGCAUAAUCUACUAUUUCGCAACUAAGUGAUAUUGUACAUAGUAUAUACAAUACGUAUUGUUAUGCAUAAAUAUUCAAGGAAGAAAACUAUUUUAACUGAGAAUAAUAUUAGCCUUAUAUUGUUUGUUCUUCAGUGAAAGAUUUUUUUUUAUUUUGGAGAGGCUAAGGCUUAUCUGAAAAGGACUCGAUAUUCGAGCUUCACAGCCGUGGUCCAGGAGGAGACUCCGUCGGCCAGUGAGAAGUUUAUGAAACGUUGGAUAAACGACAAAAUCGAUGAUGGACUAACUGUAGCAGACCAAUUUUGUCUCGAAUAUUGAGCCCUUCAGAUAUUUGUUUUUUGUAAUUUAAAUAUAAGAAAGCAUUUAAAAUUGUAUUGUCAAUACAAAAUGAUAAUUUGAUAUAUAAUGAUAGUUUAUUUUGAAGAAUAUGCAGAUGAUAAGAGUAUUUGUUGAAAAAUUUAAAUACUCAUUGAAAAUGCGUGAUAAUCAAAACAAGUCUGUUUUUUACUAAUUUAAAAUAAUUUAUGUAGUAUCUAGGUGAAUGCAUUUAGAAAUUCAAUAGUUUGUAAUAUAAAAUAAAGAAAAUUGCAUUUUUUAAGUUGCUUGUUUGGAAAUAUAUGAAGUGAAUUUAUGAUCAUCAUUUACAAUUUAUAGUAUUCUUUGUUCAUUAUUAUUAUUAUUAUUAUUUUAUUGGUAGACUAAAUAUGUUUAAAACUCGAAGUUCUCUAGUUACUUCUAUAUAUCAGUCAAAUAAUGUAAGGUCUUGUAUUUUUUUAUUCAUAUCAAAUAAUAUUUAUCAUAUUUUGUCUAUUUGCUGAUAAAAAAGCAUCUUUCAAAUUGCAAUUGUCCUGUAAUUCUGUAAUAUUGUAUCGUUCAAUAUUUGGUAGGCUUAUGUUAUGUUAUAUUGUAUUUUAUUAAUGAACGUAUAAUACAAAGUAAAUACGCUUCAUUUCUUUAAAAUUUGUUGAGAUAAAAAAUUUGUCUAAUUUUUGUUUCGGAGGUGGUUAGUCAACUGAUGUUAUAAAUAAUAAAUGCCUGAUCUGUUUAUUGCUCCAAAAUACCUAAUGCUUUUUAGAAGAAAAAGAGAACUUAAAAUUCCACAAUAUUUUGUGAUAAGUUAAGUAGUCUUUCCAUGAUUUAAAUUUUAACGUUUAAUACCUUUUGGUAGAGUUGAGUUAUAAAAAAAAUUGUAAGGGACCUGUUUUGUGGAGCAUUAAACUCUUUAUAAAAAUAUACAUUUGUGUGUGUAUGUAUGUAUGUACAUUACUUCAUUACUAAGCUACAAAAUGCAGAAGUAAGUAAAACAAUUUUUCAUGUGUUAAUUAAGUAGAAAAUUGCAUUUAGGAACUACUAAAUAUUAAAGAGGCAUCUAUUUCCUGUUCAUUAAACAGUUAAACAUGUUAUGUUAUAUAUUAUUUGUCGAUUAAUUUUAAUCAGGAGACCUUGAUAAUUUUUUUUAUUAAUUUAUAUGUGUGCGUAUUACGUAUCGAUAAGGUACUUACCGUAAUUGACAAAAUGUUGCCAGUAUGGUUGUCAUCGUGUUGCUAGUAGGUAACAGCUCGAUUCAUCGAGUGUUUGGUACAAAUCUAUUGUUUAUAAAAAUCGCAGGUUUAAUAAAUCCCUUAUAUUAUUAGAA